AUGUAUGAGCGCAGACGGCGAGAUCUGAGGGUCAGUGCGCAAGCAAGCAGGGAGGGGAAUUGCGUGUCGGAAGGUGUAUGUAUGACACGAAAUCGGAGUGGGAGAUCGGCUUUUGCAGUGGGUGGCCCAGACGAACCAAACAACUGCGAGUACCAGGGAGCGUUUGUCGCCGUUUUAGGGAUGUAUGAGCGCAGACAGCGAGAUCUGAGGGUCAGUGCGCAAGCAAGCAGGGAGGGGAAUCGCGUGUCGGAAGCGAGAUCUGAGGGUCGGUGUGCAAGCAAGCAGGGAGGGGAAUUGCGUGUCGGUGCGACCGUUUGGGUGAAAGAUUUUGAUGGGGGCCUAGGAAGGUGUAUAGCUGUCGAUGUAUGGCACGAAAUCGGAGCGGGGGAUCGGUUUUUGCGGCGGGUGGCCCAGACGAACCAAACAACCACGAGUACCAGCGGUGCUAGGUGCAACCUCCGGCCCUCUGCAGGUGUCUCCACGGACAAGCCCCAAAUCCUCGCGCAGAAUAUACAGAAUGGCCUGGAGAAACCAUUACUCUACGUAGACGGUGUACUCAGAGGGCUGGGUUGAUUGGGGGGAUCCCUGUCGUUAACCGUGGUGCACUAGCAACGCGCUAAGCGCCUCCAGUGGAUUUCAGUUAAAU